AUGGAUGGCUCGCCACUUCUCGCGGCCGGCGGCGGUGCUUCAUUGAGCCCGACAAGCCCAGUGAGCGCCCGCAGCAUCGCCGGCCUCAACGGCGCAAAGCGAAAGAGGAGCGCUGGCGGCCCAGCCAGCGCAUUCGACAGCAGUCCGGGAAGCGUCCUGAACGACGACGAUGGCGACCACUCAGAGAAGAAGCGCCAGCCGGGCGUUAAACGGGCGUGCAACGAGUGCCGCCAGCAAAAGUUGCGAUGUGACGUCUCCCAAGAUCCGUUCCGGAGCUGUUCGCGGUGCAACCGGCUCAAGCUGCAGUGCAAGAUCGAGUCCAACUUCAAGCGCAUAGGUAAACGGUCCAAGCAUGCCGAGAUGGAAAAGGAGAUUGAGCGUCUGCGCAGGAACGUGCAGCUCGCGCGCUCCCAAGGUUACGUCAUUCCCGAGGAGAACGAGGACGAGAGCGCCUCGCACUCGCAGCUGCAUUCGCCCAUCGUAAACAACAUCUACUCCCACACCCGCAACCCGUCGCUCAUGGGCUCCGACGAGGCCGUCUCCUCACUGUUGCACCUGAAGCGGGGUGGCUCUUACAACCUGCCGCGCAUUGUGCGCGAGCUGGAAGAGGUGCGCCUCACCGAAGAGGGCGAGGCGCAGCUGUUCCAGGACUUUUGGCUCUUCUACCACCCUUUCCUCCCCUUCCUCAACCCCUCCUUGGCGCCAGAACAGUACUACCAGCAGCACCCGUUACUCUACUGGUCCAUUGUGGCCGUGGCCGCCCGCCGCUACACGCUGGACCCGACGCUCCUUACCGCCAUCUCGUCUCCUCUGAAUACCCUGCUGUGGAAGACGAUUGGAGAUGUCCCCGGCUCGCAUUUUGUUGUCAAGGCUAUGUGUCUGCUGUGUACAUGGCCACUGCCCACGAGCACGACCACGUCCGACCCAACGCACAUUCUCUGCGGUGUCAUGAUGAAGACGGCCACGGGCAUCGGCCUGCACCGGCCCAACCACAUCAACGAUUUUACGCGCGUUGCUGUCGAGCUCAAUAAGGACCAGCUCCACGAUCGCGUCGUCACUUGGGCGGUGUGCAACAUUGUCGCCCAGAAUAUCGGGACCGGCUACGGCCAGCCCGCAUCGUCGCUUUACGAUUGGACCUUGGCAACAAGAUCGGGUGAGUCGGGGCCCUUCCAGCUGUCCCCUGAGCUAGAGGCCCGCCUGCAAAUCGAGCGCUUCUGCGACAAGGUGUCCAAGGAGAUGUACAGCAAUGCGAGCGACUCCCGUGGUGUGGCUGGCGACGAGCACCGCUCCAUCCUGAUGCGCGUCUUCCGCCGUGAGUACGGCGAGCUGCACGCCGAAAUCAUGUCGCGCAACCUGUCCCCCAUUGUGGCCUUUCACCUCAAGGCAGCCGGUCUGCACCUGCGACUUGCUGGCUUCUUCGACUCGAGCACCACUGUCGGGUACCUCGACGACCUGAUGGGUCUGUGGCGGUCGACCGUCGGCUUUUUGGAAGAGAUUCUGGCCAACAGCACGGUGUCGUCGCCGUCAUCCCCGCAAGAGCAUGUUGGCAUCGACACGCUCAAGUACGCCACCAACUACCUGCAGCAGAUGCUCGUCGCAGCGAGCUUUGCGCUGCUCAAGCUGAUGCGCUCAUUCUUUUCGCAAGCCAUCGACUACGAGCAGGGCCGCCAGCUGUUCCACCGGACGAUCAACGCGAUCCGGUCCACCAGUGUGGUGCACAACGACCUGCAAUGGCGGCUGGCAGAGCUGAUGGUGCAGAUGUGGAACGGCGCACGCCUCGAGACCCAGCAGAACCGUGCACAUGCGGAAGACGACACGAUGCUCAACAUUGACGACAGUCUGCAACUCAAGGUGCGGUGUCGGCACAGCAUGAGUUUGGUGUUUGACUCGAUCUGGCACUGGAGAGAAGAGUACCAGGCUAGAGGCCGUGGGACAUUAGAUUCGCUCAAGCACCCAACCAAUCCCGACUCGGCCAACGAAUCCAUCGCCUCCUCAACGCACAUGGACACUGGCAAUAGCCUGAUUACGCAGACACACAACCUGCCGAGCCUUUUGGCGCCGCCGUCGAACGGCACGCUGACGCCCGCUCCGUCCGGCCUGGCUGGCCACGCCUCGAACGGCAUGCUGGGUGCCGGCCUGACGUACGAUGCGAAUCCGCCCAACUACGACUUCUUCGAUCCGCAGCACUGGAUGCUGGACAAUCUCCUGGACUUUAACUACUCCUAUGUUCAACCUCUGGAGGGCGCCUAG